GCAAGGAGGGGGGAGGAGCGCAUGACGUGCGCGCGCCCUCCUCCUCCUCCUCCACCGCUGCCGCCUCCUUCUUCUACCGCUCCUGGUGCUGCCUGUGCGCUCGUUCGGUGCGGACCUGGUAUCUCUUUUGUGAAGCGGCUGCCCAGGAGACUCCGGCGCUCGCCAUGGCCGACGAGAAACCCAAGGAAGGAGUCAAGACUGAGAACAACGAUCAUAUUAAUUUGAAGGUAGCGGGGCAGGAUGGUUCUGUGGUGCAGUUUAAGAUUAAGAGGCAUACCCCGCUUAGUAAGCUAAUGAAAGCUUAUUGUGAACGACAGGGUUUGUCAAUGAGGCAGAUCAGAUUCCGAUUUGACGGACAGCCAAUCAAUGAAUCAGAUACACCUGCACAGUUGGAAAUGGAGGAUGAAGAUACAAUUGAUGUGUUCCAGCAGCAGACAGGAGGUGUCUUCUAAAAUAAGCACAGAGGAGCCUGCUGUUUUACUCCAGAACUCUGUUCCUGCAGACCAAGAAUACCUUCUCAAUUAGAAAACCACAAUUGGGUUCCAGCACAUCCUGACUACUACAGCCUAGUUUCUCUCUUCUUUCAUUUCCCCCUCCCUAUUCUUUUAUUGUACAUAAAGUAACUGGUGCAUGUGCACAUGCAUAUUGCAGGUUUGUUUUGUUUGUUUUUUUUUAUAAACUAAAUGGCCAAUGGUAUGUUUUGAUCAACAUCUAGUGGAGAUGGGAUGGGGAAAAAUACUGGUUCUGUGAAAAUACCCCCUUUCUCCCUAAGUGGCAUGCUCAUUCAGCUCUUAUCUUUAUAUUCCAAUAAGUUAUUUUGUUCUCACUGUUUAACAAAAAACGACAUAAAAAAAUAAUCCUUACAUACCUUGUUUGAUUGGAGAAUUUUAAUGUUUUUCAUUUAUCAUUGUAAAACCAAGGACAAUUUUAUAACUUUUUUGUACGUAGCUGUUACAUGUAGGGCAAUCUGUCUUUAAGUAGGGGUCAAUUACUCUAAAAAAAUGAAUCCUAGAUAGUUUUCCCUUCAAGUCAAGCGUCUUGUUGUUUAAAUAAACUUCUUGUUUAAAAUGA